CACGGUCACCUGGUAUUAGCUUACACGUCAUUUGCAGCGCGCUGGAGUGGCUGUCCAGGAACUUGUUAUGGGAUCCAUGGGAAAGAGGUUAAUAAAGUAAUUUAUUUACAAUGGAGAAGUUGGGGAUGAAUUUUGGAGGAGGCCCAAGUAAGAAAGAUUUACAAGAGACAGUGGAAAGUCAGCGUAAACAGUUGCAGCAGUAUCAGUCACGGUUAAAAGAUGUUGUGAGAGCGUAUAAGAGCCUUCUGAAGGAGAAGGAAGCUCUGGAAGCCAGUCUACGUGUCCUUUCCAAUUCACAAGAACCUGGAUCCUUGGUUUCAGAGCCUGAAGACAAUCAUGAUGACCAGCGUUCUACAUAUAGUGAAGAUAGUGUGGAUACAGCAGGGAGUGUACCCAGUGCAAGAGGGGGAGAAACUAGUGAGGAUGAAAAGCAAGACUCUGCAAUACAAGGAUGUGGUGUGGUAGCAGAGGAAGCCAGCAGUUCAGAAAGUGGCGUCAGUACAGCCAGUGGAGAGGGCGGUCCAAUGGUAUCGGGAGAACCUGAACGGCGGAUUGUCCAGCUGAAGAACCAGCUUGCUACUCUGACGAGUGCUCUAGCCACUGUAACUCAAGAAAAGUCUCGAAUGGAGGCCUCCUAUCAGGCAGACAAGAGAAAGGCCAAGCAGGAAAUGGAGGAGCUAAUGCAGAGCAUGACAGAGGACCAGAGUGGUCUCCGGGCAGAAGUCCAAAGUCUCCAAGAACAGCUGAAUGAGACAAAGGCCAGACUGAUAAGUCAGCAGCAUGAUCGUGCACAGGAGCAGACAGAUCAUGCUGUUAUGUUAAGGGAGCUGCAGCGUCUUGUACAAGGAGAGCGGGACAAUAGACAGGAGGUCGAGCUCCGGUUGGAAGAGGCCAGACAGGAGAUAGCCAAAAGAUCUGAGCUGUCUGGAAGGGCAGAUGCUGCAGAUGAGCAGAAUAGAAAGCUACGCAAGGAACUGGAGGAGUUGAGAAGGGAAUUGCAGGAGGCAAGAAGGCAGAGAGCAGAGCCUGACCCAGCAGUAGAGGAACUACAGAAAGAGCUAUGCAGGAUGAAAGAGGAGCUGGAGGCCUUGGUACAGGAGGAGAGGAAAAAGAGGUUGGAAGAAGACCAACAGAAUCUACAGCGCUUUCUGCAAGAGGAGGAGCGGAUUCGCUCCUUGGAGACUCAAGUAUCUGAGAUGUCUGAGCUCCUGGGAGCUGCAGAAACCUCAAAACAAAGGGACCAGAUCACCAUUCGCAAGUUGCGAGACCGGAUUGCUCAGCUGGAAACAGAAAACAGGACUCUUGCCAUGGCCACCAAUUUGAACCCCACCACUGAGACCCUUAAACCUACCACAGGGGAAAAUGUUGAAGAGGGUGCAGAUCAGCGGGCAACUGCUCUGUUUUACCAGCAGGAAUUUCAGCAAUUGAAGGAUGAGUUCGAACGCUACAAAGCACGAGCACAAGGAGUUCUGAGGACUAAAGGGUCUCGAGAGGGAGAACUGGAGUCUGGCAAAAAGCAGAUGGCAGAAUUGAAAGAGAAAUAUGUUUCAUUAAAACUUUCUGCAGAGGAAGCAGAGAGCAAACACAGGACAGAAAUGGAGAAUGCCCGCAAAGAGCUUACACUCUUGGCCCAGUCCCACCGACAGGAACUGGAAGCUGUGCGAAGGGAGAGUUGGGAGAAGAUGGCUCGUUUAGAGGAGGAAUUGCGACAGCACAGAGAGCGGGUAAUGGCAGUGUUGAGUGAGAAGGAACAGGAGCUGGAGAGGCUGAGAGAAGCCAAAAAUACCUCAAACGUAACACUACCAGUUUCUGACCCAUUGGGAAAUGGUUUAGAACUCCCACAAAGCAACUCUUCUGCUUUUCUUGUGUAUGCUGAGCAGUUGUCCCGCAAAGAAGCAGAUCUUGGGAAUCUUCGACGCAGGAAACAUGAACUGGAGGCAGAGCUCCAGAGUAUGCAAGAACGUUUAGCAGAGCAAAGAGAAGAGACAGACAAUUUACGUGAACAAGUAGAGAAAGCUAUACGGGACCGUAGAAGGGAAGGGGCAAAUAUGGAGUAUCUAAAAAAUGUUUUGUUAGGGUUCUUGACACUUCCUGACCCACGUGGAAGACAGCAUACACUUAGUGCUCUGUUGGCUGUCCUGCACUUUUCCCCUGAAGAGCGGAGUGCAGCUCUACGUGCUCAGGAUGCAAGUAGGUGGUGGGCAAGUGGAAAGAGGUGAUCAUGGACUCUGAAGCUCUGGAAGCUCUACAUCUUUUACACCUUGUCAGCUGAUUCUCACUCACAAAUUAAGCUGGUGGCUGUAUUUGCUAGCAUAAUGCUCUUUGAAUACUCAGCACAAAAAAAAAAGUUUAGGGAAUAUUCACUUGAGGAAUUCUGCCAGAAAGAACAAUAAAGAUUAUUUUGGUCAAAUACAAUAUUAAAAAUUGUAGAUGUAUUAGAAAAAAAUAUUAAUGCAGAAGCAGAUCAAAGGAAUACUAAACAUAAAAACAUAGUAAACUUACUUGAUAUUACUAUUUCUUCUCAAUUUCUUUCCAUUCCUUAUAAUUUGUAUUUUUUUUUUUUUUUACUUUUUUUUUAAGGGUGAUUGGAGAGUACUUUUAAAUGAGACAUUUUCUAUUAGCUUUGUUAUUCAUUUAAGGUACAGUUUAAUCAAAACUUCUCUGAUUUACAAAAGGAAAAAAAUAAACAAACGCCUCUGGUAUUAGAGUAGUAACAUAUGCUUUUUUUUUUUAAAGCAGAAGAUGCUUCACAGAUGGUUGCAUUUAGAAAUACAUUUAACUUCAACUCUUUAAUAGGACCCUACAAAGCUUCAGUAUUUGAUUCAAAUCUGUAUUUUGAUUCAGUAAUGUCCUUUGUAGCAAUUGCCUGCUAGUGUUGCAUUUGCUUGUUGAUUUAAUUAAAGAUUACAUUUCAUCCCCCCAAUAACCGAUAUUAACAGAUAUUUUUUGCCUGCCAAUCAGGAGUCAUUCCUAAACGAACGCACAAUCACAGUUCUGCAGAGAUAUGAUAUUGAGUACCAGUUGCAGCACUGGAACCAGCAACAAAACCGUGGGGGUUGGAGAAGCUUUGUAAGUGUUUACCUUAAAUAGAUAAAUAGUGGCAGGAGCAAGUAGCCUGCAUGGUAUGCAACUUUCAGCACUCUGGAUUUUUCUGGACCACAUCUCCCAUAUUGAUCUCAUA